AUGUCUACUGUCUCUAAGAGAAGUAGCGGAAGUCAACAACAGUCUGGUCCACCAAAGAAAAAGGCUGAGGUUACUUCAAAGACAAGUGCUGCUGGACCAUCGACAUUCAGAACAGCAGUACCACUACCACCUCCACCACCAUCAAGAGAUCCGGAGGUUCUACCAGACGUCCAAUUGUCUGACGACUCCGAUUCAUCCGAUUUGAACUCCGACUCUGGAAGCGAAGAUCUGUUUGACGACGAUAUGGCUCGACCUAAGGUCAAUCCACCUGAACCUUUUGAAGGGGAACGAUCCAAAUACGAGGCCUUCAGGUCUCAGCUUGGAAUUUACAUCUAUUGGAACCAGGAUAAGCUCGAAACCGAAGAGAAGAAAAGGCGAGUUGAUCAAUAUAUCUUGAAGAAGGGAGAUGUUCCGCACGAUAUCAAAAGAAUUUUCCAGAGCUACUCGGUAUUCACGGGAGAAAUGGACCAGUACUUUCAGCGAGUUGACGAGGCUCAUCUAGCCGAAAAGAAGUUAUUGGAACUACGUUAA